UAUAGUGGUGUAACCAAACCCAAGAUCUUCCAUGUACCGCUUAACUUCAUAGAAGGAAGAAGGAAGCGUCUCACCAACAGGUAAAGCUUUCUUGACUAGGUCCAGAUUCAUGUUGAAGGCUUUAUCAGUACUAUUGGUUACCAGUUUAUUGUUCAGCAAUUUCAUAACAAAUGAUAAUCUAGAAAAGUCUUUGCAUCCAGGGUAUAAUGGCAAAUUAGCAUCACGGAUUAGCCGAGCCAAUUUAUCAUUGAGGUCUGUUAUAUUAGAAUAAUUAGGUGUUGUUGACCCCUCAAUGAUAGGAGCAUUUCCAGAAGAAGCACGCAGCAUAUCCCCUAACAUAUCAGCCAUGUCAUCCUCUAAACCCUCAGUCUCAGGCGCAACUAUAGGUUGCCUAGGAUGAUGUCUAGUACUCCCAAAGUCAAACGACUCACCAUGAUGGAUCCAUGUAGUAUAUGUCUCCACCAUGCCAUUCCUGGUUAUAUCAUCUGCGACAAUCUCCAACUUCUUGAAGUUUCGAUUAUUGCACCUUUUACAAGGGAAUCUAGUUCUACCUAGCGUAUCAACAUGUUUGCUGGCAGCCCCUAUGAACUCAGAAACCCCCUUUUGAUAUACAUCACAAAACCUAUCCUUAAGCUUAAUCCAAUUUCUACUCAUUCAAUCUGUGCGUAAAGAAACUGACCUUCCCUUUAUAGGCAGUUGGUCAAGAAGGAAGCACAGCAUGAGAUGAACUAGAAAAGGAUCUGCAGAGGGUAUAUGACAAACCAUUAGGAACCAGUUGACUUACACGAUUUAUCUGAAUGUCAGAAAAAUUGAAGACAUAAAUCGAAUCUUACCUUUGCUUAGUGCUUGGGCCGCCUUCUCUCUAUUCUAAUUAGCACAACUGGAUGGUUGAAGGAUCGAAGAUAUAAGCAGCACCUGCCACCGAGUCAAUGACAAGGAAACACAAGAGCUCAUUCAGAUAGAUAACCCACCAGAAUAGUCUUAAGCUAAAUUAGCAUUACAUAGUAGCCACGGGAGAGAAGGAUGACGCUUACCUAUUUCUGAGACCAGCGAGUUUGCUAUGGGAAACGAGGGAGGGAGAAAGACCAGCGAGUUUGCUCUCCAAUCCGUAAAGAAAUUUAGGUUUCGGAGAUAGGGGAUAUUUGAACUACGGUGGUGACGAGGAGAUUGGUGGAACAGCUACGAUGACGGAAAUCCCGCCGGAGAGUGGCCGGCCCGAUUGGUGGAGGACGGGUAAAGGAUUUUGAUGUUGGGGUCCUUUGGAUUUUUUUUUGGUAAGAGGUUCCUUUGGAUUUUGAUAGACUGCGAAAUUUCAAGAGCCAAGGAAAAAGGAGUAUAAUUGUUCUCCCGAUCGAGGAAAAGAGGUUGCAGACUAAAAACACCAAGUAUGACAAAAUGCCAUUGUCACAUAUCGAGACCACUAUAUUAAGACCAACAUUACAUUUCGUCAGAUCGGCGAGGGCUUAUGGUGCUCUAUUGUGACAAACCAAUUUUUCGUCUAAAGAAUUCAUCAAGACAUAAUAUGACAAACUAUACUUUGACGAUCACAUUUUGUCACUUUAUGUCUCUUACAACCCGAUGUGGGUUACCUAUUUUGACGAACCAUAUAGUGACACACAAACUUGGUCACUUUAUAAACUUUAACUGACAAAGUAUUCUGACAAACUGAUAUUUUGUCACAUUAGGAGUACCAAAUGUGAUAUUUACAAUUUUUGUCAUAUUAUAGUAUCUAUUAUGACAAAAGUAAAAUGACAAAAAAAAUUUUUUGUCCUAAUAGGCCGAAUUUGUUGUAGUGGUUCGUGAAUAAUGUGAGAACUCUUCUUUUGAACAAUCUUAAUACAGUUGAAUGUCGUUUGUGGUGGUUGCCAACUUUACUUUGUUUUUUUCCAUACGUUGGUGCCAAAUAACCAUUGUGAUUCAUUCAAUUUGUGCCCUAUGACAUGCCCCAAAAAUUGUGUUGAAAAAGAAGUUGUAAGCUUACCUUGUUUUGUACUUGGUUUGCUUUGGGACAAGCAAACGUCUAAGUGUGGGGGAGUGAUUCGGGCUCAAUUGUACACAUUUUACCCCUCACUUAUUAUUCGUUUAGCUUAGUAUUUCAUCGUUCCUCAACAUAUUUCACGCUAGGUUGUACUUGUUUUGAUACAUUUCAGGUCCUAGCAUGUGAGGAAGGGUCGAGGACGAGUUUUGGGAUAACUGGAGGUCAAAAAGUGCAAAAACCGAACAAAAGUCCGAAGACCGUGACAAUUGCCCCAUAACAGUGAAGUGAAGGCAUCCCAUGAAACAGCCGCAGUUCACAACCGGACAAGGCUGUGAACAUGGACCACAAACCGUGAACAUCGAGCAGUCCAGCGAGGUUCGUGAAGUUAGUGACCACAAGGCAGUUCACUGGUCACUUUCGGGCAAAUAUGAAGACAACAGCGUGGAGAGGGAAAUGGGAAAUGGGUGUAGUUCUAGUGAGACAGAGAGAGUGCUAGAGUGAUCUUGGAGCAUCAUGGAGGCUUGGGUGGAAGAUUCAAGCCUAGAAGAAGAAGAUAUUGAGCUCAAAAUUGUAAUCCAUCUCUCUCCCUCUCUAGAAACUCACUCUUUUCUCUUUGGGUGUUGUAGAUCCCUAACUAAUACUUUGUAAUUACUUGUUUAGAUUAAAUGAUUAAGUGUGAGUUUGUAUCAAUUUGAGUAUUAGAGGUGUUUUCAUGGUAUGGGAUGAUUAAACUAAGUUAGAUGGAUUUUUUUUUUGGAUAGGUGUGUCCUUGUAAAGAAUUAGAAUAUCUAAAGUCACAUUUCCAUAUUAUUCUUGAACGCUUGAGAUAAAUAUAAAUUUUGUAUCCAAGCAAAAUGACCCAUAAAAUAUGUGGUUAGAUAGUCAGAAUCAAUAUAUCUCAUUUAUGUUGAUAUGGGUAAACUUGAUGGAAAAGACAACAAAUUAUUUAUUGCUCUAUAGAGGUCUUUGUCUAGUUAUUGGAGAUGCUAAUUUGAAAUAUCUUGAGAAAUGAUUAAUCGCAUUGUUAUUGAUUGCACUGAUUUUUCAAUAUAUCGCAUGCUUGUGGUAGAGUUAACAAACCAGUGUAGUGAUAUUUAGAAGAGCAUAUGAGUGUGUUUUAUGUUUUCAACAAGGUAGAAUACAUUUGUAUAGCCAAAACUUUCGCGCUUGUGACAAUAAUAGCCAAUUUUGGAGAAAUACAACUUAUAGCCAAUUUCUUCCAAUACUUUAACGGUGUCAUCUAACAAGCUGACUGGAUAAACAGAAAUGCUGACUUGGUAAUAUUGUAUCAACAAAUAGCAAUAAUUUUUUUUGAUAAAUCCACAAAAUCCUUCCUUUCGUAAAUUCCACAACCACAAACCAUUUUUAUUCUCUCUCCUCUCUUACUUCUUUCCUCUUCUCUCUCCCCAGCCGCAACCCUUGUUCGACGGCUACUCCAAAUUCCCCCAUUCCAAUUCAAAAAUCCUUCUAUCAACUUCCAUCCAAUCUCAUCCUCAGAUGCAUCUCUAGAUCUACUAAAGCGAGAGAGGAGAAAGCCCCGUCGUCCAGGGAUCAGUAGUUCCUUCACUCUUUUCCUUGUGGUUCUCUUCUCCCUGUAUCGGUGGCCAGCUCUCAGAGCCCCGACGCCGAUGCCAUGAUGAAGCUCAGAGGCAUCUCAAUGCUGACAACAACCUAGGGUGGUCCGGCCAAAACCCGUGUUCCUGGAGCUGGAAAGGCAUGCAGGGGUUUCUUCCGCCGGAACAACUCCAUCAUCUCCAGCUACAUCACCGCCGUCUUCAGCGAUGACCAUUCCACUUCCCUAUUCAAUCUAUAAAACCCCCACCAAUCAUCUCCAGCACCACCCCUGCCGUCAAUCGACAAUGAUUCCCACUUGGAUGAGAGAUAGGAGUAGAUCUAGAAGAAAAGCCAGUCACGUUGGGAGGCUCGCCAACACAACAGUGACGGGAUGCAGGCGGCGAGCGAAGGAACAAAUGUAGAAGAAAAGAAGUCACGAUGGGUUAAGGCUUACUAUGAAGGCUUCAUUCUCUCUAAGCUCAGCAAAUAUGGAGAAGAGAUUUCAGUUGGCAAUGGCGGAGGUUGUGAGGGAUAGUGAUGCGACAAAUUGGGGGGAGGGGAAGGGUCUCGCAGAGGAAGGUGAAAAGCAUAGAUGAUAUUUUAAUUUUUGUUUUUAUAAUUUUAGUUUAAUUUGUGUUACCAUAAUGGCUUCAUCCAAGAAAAAGACUCCGAAAAAAAAUUUCAUUAAUUAAUUAUUUUUAUUAAUUAAUUUAUGACGUGUAAUUAUUAAUUAAUUUAUGAUGUGUCACUUUCAGCUUAUUUGGCGCUGACGUGUACGAUGAUUGGAAGUCUAGUCAGCAAACCGUCAAAUAAGUUGACGGUGUUAAUAACACCGUCAAAGUAUCUAACGGAAAUGGCUAUAUUUGUCCUGGAACAACUUUAAAAGCUGGAUAUAAGUGGUAUUUCUCCAAAUUUGGCUAUUAUUGACACAAACACGAAAGUUUUGGCUAUACAAGUGUAUUUUGCCUUUCAACAAUAAAAACACAUAGUUCCUAUGAAAUGAAAUACUCAUGUUGUUGUGAAAUCCAUUGAUGCCAAUAAACUUAUGUUUUAAAUCAAGAAAUAGUGGGGGUAGUAUGUUGCCUACUAUUAGAAAUAAUGGAUCUAGUGGGGUUGAUGAAUCUGAGUAUGAGCUCAGAAGAGACAAAUGAACCAUAAAUCAGUAAAGGAUUUUGGUUAUGAAUUUGUUAUUUACACCCCUACAAGUCUGCUAGAAGUUCGAACUUCCAUAAAGAUGCAUAUUUGUAAAAGAAUCCAUUAUUAACAAAAUGGAAUUAUGGAGUCUAAUAAGAUUUAUGAUCUUGUAUAGUUACCUCUUGGUCGUAAGCCGUGGGUAACAUAUCGCUGGAAUCGAACAAGAUUUCGCAUCUUUAAGAGUUACCUCGUGGCAAUGAAGCCAUGGGUAACAAAUGAAUUCUUCAUGAAAAAACUAAAACUUGAUGGUUUCGUUUAUGAGUAUAAGUAUCGCCUACUAGCUAAAACUUUAGGCGAAGAAGGAAAAAUUGAGGAUUUCUUUGAUAUCUAUUCACCACAUCUUGAAUAACAUCCAUGUAUGAUUGCUAGUAUUGCGCGUCACAUGGAUUGUUAAAACUGUUUCGUGAAUGGUGGUUUAGAUAAAGAAAUCUACUUGGGACAACUGAUAGACCGAUAAUUACACAUAUUUUCGCCCCUAUUCUUGAGCUGUUUGAGAGGUUGACUCUCGGGUUUUAAGCCGAUUUCACGCGAGGUUGUGUGUUUAUGUCGUAUUUCAGGACCCGGCGUUUGAAUCGAGGCGAAGGAACGAGAUUCGGGUCGAAAGGAGCAAGUGAGGCUUGAAGCGGGCUGGAGGAAGAAAAUACCCGGCCAUGACCAAAAAUACCCGGCCGGGUAUUAUUCUGAGGAGACCGGGGAUUUUUCAUUUUGGCGUCUGAGAAACAGGGAGGGUUCCGGUCUGGAAGGCAGAAAUCCCCGACCGGGGAUUAUUGGAGGAGACCGGGUAUUUUUCCCCUGGCCAAAAUGCGCGUUUCAACUAUACUCGGUCGAGACCCAAAAUACCCGACCGGGUAUCGCGAAGGCAGCUGUUUUAAGGGAAAAGAAGGCUGAAAAUCAGGGGAUUCGAGUUUUAGAGAGAUAGAGCGAUUCCUAGAGAGAGAAAGCGACGAACAAGAGUCUCCAAGUGCCCUAGCUUGAUCUUCAUCACCAUUGGAGCUUGGCUUGAGCUUGGAGGAGUGCCAAUCAAUGUCCAGGAGCAGGAAUCCAUCCUUCACAGUAUGAAUUCCGCGUCUGUUUCUGCUUUUGCUUCUUUCUCCAUGGAGAAGUUCUCCCAUUCAUCUGGGUAUGGAGAACCCUAGAUUUGUAUGUUAGGUUUGAUUGUAUGAACCCAAGUACUGAUUCUGUGAUUUGAUUAUAUUUGACUGAGGUUUGAAUGAUUGAAUGGCAUGAAUCCUGAUCAAAUUCCUGUUGUUUCUGCUUUAACCUAGUGGAGGUUUUGUUUGUUAAGGCCUCAAUCUGUUUACUCCGGUGGAGGUUAGUCUCCCGGAGGAGACUCAGAUUGAGAGGGUCUGAAGACCUUUAGUCGAGACUUCAGGCUGUUUGAGAACCUUCCGCAGUAUAACUAUCAUAGAAACUGAACUUGGUAAUUGCAAUCCGGCUUAACUGCAGUCUAGGGGGAACCAUAUCCGGGUGACCUCUCUUAACUUGAAUACAACCGUUUACUUGCUUUGUUAGUUUGUUAGUUUAGACUUGCAUUAAAGUUUCAUUGCUAGAUAACAAGAAUUCACUGAGUAGUCAUCAAAUCUAGGACCCGGGUUGACAUUUAAACCCAAACCCGCUAUACUACGCUUUAGGAAGUGGUUUCACUUGGCCAAUUCCUGGAGUGACAGUAGAAAUGAGUCAACAACCUAAAGGGUUGUUAUUCCUGAACAUGUUUUUAAAGUCUAUGGUGAGACAAAUCGUGGUAUGAUUUGAAAUAGACUUUAAAGAUCAUG